AUGGCGACGUCGUUUGCCGCGUUCCCCACCUCCUCUCAGCCCAUGUUCCUCUCCUUCAGCACAGAUGACGGAUCUAGAGUGGGCCAUGGCCACGAAACCGAUCUUGACGACCUCGACGACCCACACCUUUCCAUCCGCCUCCACGACAACGCAUACAUCCUUCAGACGAGUUCGCAACGUCGGUGUCAAAGGCAAGGGAUAAACGAUGGGCAUAAGCGAUGA